AUGCGAAGAUUACUUCAAAAGCAAGGUAUACAACAUCGGGGAGGAGUCCCGUAUCAUCCUCAGACCACCGGGCAAGUUGAGAAUGCAAAUAGAGAUAUCAAGGCCAUAUUGGAAAAAACAGUAGCUCGGCAUAGAAAGGAUUGGGUUGACAAGCUUAACGAUGCAUUAUGGGCCUUCCGGACUGCUUAUAAGGCGCCAAUAGGAACUACUCCAUACAGAUUGGUAUAUGGCAAAGCAUGUCACCUUCUAGUUGAAAUCGAACAUAAGGCGUAUUGGGCCAUUAAAAAACUAAAUGAAGAUCUAUUCAUAGCAGGUCAAGAGCGAAUGUUUCAACUGAAUGAAUUGGAAGAAUGGCGUUUGCUGGCCUAUGAGACAUCCAUAUCUUACAAGGAGCGAUCCAAAUCUCGUUGCAAGAACAUGAGAAUCAUCCAUCCAAGCAUUUUGAGCGACAUGACAUGGGAUGCUUACUAG